AUGGCUCUCCAAAACUCAUCUUCCAGAAAUAUAAUUUUCAGUCACAUUAUAUUUUGGAUUGUUAUUGGACUCAAUGUCGCCGAUCAGAGUUCAUUACCUUUAAAAUAUGAAGCUCCCGAUGACUGUCAGUGGUGGCUAAGAGGACCAAAUGAUGCUCACGAGGUAUCACUCACGUGUAAACUACGUACAAUAAACAGUGAAUUUGAUACAACAAACUUUAGUGUAAUACCAUCAGAACACACAACUUCGUUGCGAAUAGAGUGUAAUGAAGAAAUGAUGUAUAAAAGUUCACUUGAUGACCGUAGUUUUGCGCAUUUGAUCAAAUUACGUGAACUUGUUUUGGAUAACUGUAAAAUUGGAAGAUGGCCGCCCGGCGUACUCUCCGGACUUAGAGACCUCCGAAAUUUAACGAUCAGAACUAAAAACACGGAAUGGGCCGCUAUGAGUUUAGAGAUCGCAUCAGAAAGUUUUACAGCUGUUCGCCAGUUGGAAAAGUUAGACUUGAGUUUCAACAACAUUUGGUCCUUUCCUGAAAACUUAUUCUGUCCCUUAACAAAUUUAGUAUAUUUGAAUGUAUCAUCGAAUAGACUACAGGAUGUUAGUGAUUUGGGAUUCAGAGAAAGAGCUAUGCAUCAAGCUCUUAUUAGUGAGCAUGAGGGACCAUCACCUUCGUCAUCGACAUUACCACACUCAUCUUGUUCUUUGGAUAUUGAAGUUUUAGAUGCUUCUAAUAAUCAUUUUGUUUUGAUGCCAGAAAACGGAUUUAUGACUUUGAGAAGACUUAAAGAACUUCAUAUCCACGAUAAUGAAAUAUCUAUGGUGGCUGAUAAGGCAUUAUCAGGUUUGAAACAGUUACAAAUUAUCGAUCUUUCGAAUAAUAAAAUUGUUGCGCUUCCUCAAGACCUUUUUAGAGACAGUCGACCAGUGAUUAAAGAAAUAUAUUUACAAAAUAAUUCCAUUAGUGUACUCUCACCAAGUCUUUUCGCUAACUUAGACCAAUUGUUAGCCUUAGACUUAUCUAAUAAUCACUUAACGAGUACAUGGAUCAAUGAAAACACAUUUACUGGUCUAAUUAGAAUGAUCGAUGCCUACGCAUUAAAUGGGUUAUAUGUAUUAUCCCUGCUAUCUAUAGACAACAAUCAUCUUGAAGAACUUCACCCUGAGGCAUUUAGGAAUACUUCCUCCUUACAGGAUUUGAAUUUAAAUGGAAAUCGUUUGAAGAAAGUGCCUAUAGCGUUACGAAAUAUGCGCUUACUAAGAACACUUGAUCUUGGAGAAAAUCAGAUAACUUCAUUGGAGGAGUCUGGCUUUGUAGGGUUACAUAAUGUAUACGGGCUACGACUUAUUGGCAACAAAAUUGAAAAUAUAAGCAAAGACGUAUUUUCCGACUUACCAUCGCUACAAAUUCUGAACCUUGCAAGAAACAAAUUAAGACAUAUUGAUAUGAAUGCAUUUGAAUCUUUGUCUAAUUUACAGGCUGUUAGAUUAGAUGCCAACAAACUUACAGAUAUUCAAGGCCUGUUUGUAAAUAUACCUUCUCUGUUGUGGUUAAACGUAUCAGAUAACCAGAUAGAAUGGUUUGAUUACGCCGUAAUUCCUACUGCACUUCAGUGGUUAGACGUUCAUAGCAACAACAUCAAAGAAUUAAGCAAUAACUAUCGCUUAGAUAAAGAAUUACGUCUACAGACAUUAGAUGCAAGCUUCAACAAAAUGACGAAAAUAUCUACUUUUUCUAUUCCUAGCAGUAUUGAGCUUCUGUUUUUAAAUGAUAAUCAAAUUACACAAGUUGAAGCUCAAACUUUUGUGGGAAAAACCAAUUUGACGAGAGUCGAUUUGUAUGCAAAUCAGAUAACUAGCAUGGAUCUAAACGCUCUCCGUUUGACUCCGGUUGAUCCAGGAAGGCCUCUACCCGAAUUUUAUAUCGGCGGAAACCCUUUUCAAUGUGACUGUACAAUGGAAUGGUUACAACGUAUUAAUAAACUUGACCAUCUAAGACAACACCCACGUGUUAUGGACUUAGAAAGCAUAUAUUGCAAGUUGUUGUAUAAUCGUGAAAGGACUUAUAUUCCGCUUAUCGAGGCGGAAUCAUCUCAAUUUUUGUGUACAUAUAAAACACACUGUUUUACUUUGUGUCAUUGUUGUGAUUUUGACGCGUGUGAUUGUGAAAUGACGUGCCCGUCGAACUGUACGUGUUAUCAUGACCAACCGUGGUCGGCGAAUAUUGUGGACUGUUCCGCUGCUGGUUACGCAGAAAUACCUAACACUAUACCUAUGGACGCUACUGAACUAUAUUUAGACGGUAAUAAUUUUGGUGGUUUGACAAGCCACGCUUUUAUAGGACGUAAAAAUUUAAAAAUAUUGUAUGCAAAUAAUUCAAAUAUAGAUGCAUUGUAUAAUAAUACGUUUAGUGGACUAAAACGCUUAACUGUGUUACAUUUGGAAAAAAAUAAUAUUAAAGAGUUGCUAGGUUUUGAAUUAUCUCCAUUAGAAAAUUUACGUGAAUUACAUCUACAAGACAAUAAAAUACAUUAUAUCGACAAUCGUACAUUUAUGGAGUUGAGGCAUUUAGAAGUUCUACGUUUGGAAGGAAAUAAUAUUUAUACUUUUGCAGUGUGGCAAUUCACGAUGAAUCCAUAUUUAGUUGAGAUAAGUCUUUCGAACAAUCCAUGGUCUUGUGACUGUCAGUACAUGCACAAGUUCCGUAAUUGGUUUAAAAAUAAUCUAGGCAAAGUGGAAGACUCGAAUAAAAUAACAUGUAUAUUUGAUAACGUGACUAAGGCAGUUGGACCUCGUAUGGCUGAUUUUAAUUCUACAAUUUGCACGAGUCAUGUCGGUGGAAGUUCGUCAAUUAUUGAAAAUCAAGUAAUUAAUGAUUAUCUACCAUUAUUACUCAUAUCACUCUUUGUAUUUAUAUUAAGUUCUGCUCUUAUCUGCGGAAUAUUUUGUUGGAGACGAGAGCUCAGAGUAUGGGUGUACUAUCACUGUGGAUUCAGAAUGUGCUAUAAAAACACCGCUUUUGACGAUGAAGCCGACAAAGAUAGGCUAUUUGAUGCCUACAUUAGCUACAGUGUGAAAGAUGAGGCAUUCGUCGCUCAGAUGUUAGCGCCCGGUCUGGAAUCGACGGACCCGAGUUUCCGGCUUUGUCUACAUUACAGAGAUUUUAACGCUUCUGCCUACGUAGCGGACACUAUUAUAGAGGCCGUCGAGUCUUCGAAGAGAACUAUUAUUAUCCUUUCUAAGAAUUUUAUUAAUAAUGAAUGGUGUCGAUUUGAAUUUAAAACCGCAUUACACGAAGUGUUAAAAGAGAGACGAAGAAGACUGAUAAUAAUAUUGUUAGGUGAACUUCCUAAUAGAGACAUCGAUCCCGAAUUAAGGUUAUGUUUAAAAGCAAAUACGUGUAUCGAGUGGGGUGAUAGACAAUUUUGGCAAAAACUAAGGUUCGCCAUGCCGGACUUGAGAAAGUGUCAAUAUCACCGAUCGACGGUGAACAUUUACGCAUCAGUGUCGCCAGUGGGGGCCGGGCGGGCGCCGGCGCCACCUCCUCCACCGCCGCCCGGCAAGCUGCCGCCCUUGCUGGCUGACGGGCUCGCCGACAGGCUGGCCGUGCCGGCCGGCGUACACGCACGCGACCCGCACCCCCAUCGCAUGCCGCCGCACGCUCAGCUCUGGGCGUAGCGUAUGCUUCAACGCAGGUAAAUUUCGAUCUGCGACGCUUAAGCGUAUUAGUCCAAUACAGUGAUAAUUAUAUUAAGUUGUUCCAUAUUUGUAUUUACUGUGUAAUAUAGACUCCAGCAAUAGAUUUGCAUUUAUCUGUACAUUAUGAAACUAGUUUUAGUAAUUUAUGGAUUAAAUUCCUAAUUUCUGCGAUAGUAAUUUAUAUAUAGGAUAGGACUACUCUAAAAGUUCGGUUGUUGACAACCUGAUUAUAAUCAACACAUAAAUAUUAUUUUAUGAGAUUGCUUAAAUUAUAUAAUGCCAAAGUUAUAAACUUAUAUUGUACAAACUUUUAUUGCAUUUAUAUAAUAAAUAAUCCGUUAAAUAAAAUCUGUCUUAAGUGUAUGUAAAUAAUUAUGUUUUUGUUUUUGUAUAUAUGUGUAAAUACAAAAGAAAAGUAUCAAACGAGAAAUGAAAUAUACACAUUUAAAAUUUUUA